UUAGUAAGGGUCACAUGACGCGAGUAGCUCUGCUGCGUGAGCUGAGCUUUCUGUUGCACAGUAGCUACAAACAUUUCUGAUGCUAGCUAACGCUUGAUUCUGUGUUUUUUAUUUCUUCCAACUUACAGAAGUAGCUUUACUUCACAACAUAGUACUUUGUAUAGGUCUAGUCUUAGAGCUAUAAAGCACGGAGCCGCGCUUUUGUUCGUAUUUGGACGUUUUUCUUUGCUAGCUAGCCAAGGUUAGCACCUUAGCUAACAUUAAUAUCAACAUGAACAUUGACAACGUUAAUCAAUCUGUCACCACCGGAGUGCCAUCUACGCCGUCUUCAACUUCAAGCAACUGUAUCGCAAACGAUAAUGCAACGACCAAUGUCAGCAGCAUCCCUUCGGUCACCAGUAAUGCUUCUGCAUCUGCCGCCAUGGUGACACCAUCAACAGACACAUCUGUCUCCAACGGUGUCUAUAUGCCUGGUGGCAUCACCAAUGGAGAUGUAAAACCUGCAGUCUCCACCACGCCCCUGGCAGAUUUCCUCAUGCAACUGGAAGAGUACACUCCCACAAUUCCUGAUGCAGUUACAGGGUACUACCUCAACCGGGCUGGCUUUGAGGCUUCUGACCCAAGAAUAAUCCGUCUGAUCUCCCUUGCUUCUCAGAAGUUUAUAUCAGACAUUGCCAAUGAUGCGCUGCAGUACUGUAAAAUGAAGGGCACGGCCUCAGGAAGUUCAAGGAGUAAGACAAAGGAUAAGAAGUACACUCUGACUAUGGAAGACCUGACUCCUGCCCUCUCAGAAUAUGGCAUCAAUGUUAAGAAACCUUAUUACUUCACAUAGAAUUAACUGUCCCUGAGGCUUUUUGCUUUUGCUCAGUUUAUCUCCCUGCUGACCGAUUAGUCUGUUAACACCUUUAUUGAUAAACGUUUUUUGAUCACAGUGCUUUAGUACAGCUUUGACAAAUCUUUGUAGUCACUUUGCAAUUUGUUAUUUUUUGUGGAGCCACCUUUCUGUUAUGUUAAAUUGUACCAUUACAUUUUAUUGUGGAAAUAAAACUGCUAACAAAAACCUUGA